UCAAAAGAAGAAGAAGGAGAAGAAGGAAAACAGGCAAGAUGGCGGCGACAAUGUUGAGGUCGCUGACUAGGUUUGGACGUCCUUCAGCUAAGUCUCUCCUAAACAAUAAUUUACUGAGUCCUGGCUGUACCGUUUUGCAGAACAGGCAGAAGCAGUGGCAGCCAGAUGUGGAGUGGGUUGAGCAGUACGGCGGGGCUGUCAUGUACCCCUAUUCUUUCAAAGCAGAGAUGAAGCACCCCCCAUGGUUUGACAAAGAGCCUGAUGCAGUUCGAGAUGUUACCAACCUAAAACUGAACUUUGGUCCUCAGCAUCCUGCUGCUCACGGCGUGCUGCGCCUGGUCAUGGAGCUCAGCGGAGAGUCUGUCGUAAAAUGUGACCCCCACAUCGGCCUGCUCCACCGAGGCACAGAAAAGCUUGUGGAGUACAAAACCUACCUGCAGGCUCUGCCCUACUUUGACCGUCUGGAUUAUGUUUCCAUGAUGUGCAAUGAGGAGGCCUACUCUUUAGCUGUGGAGAAGCUGCUUAACAUCCAGGCUCCACCUCGGGCCCAGUGGAUCCGAGUGCUGUUCGGAGAGAUGACCCGCAUCCUGAACCACAUCAUGGCCGUCGGCACACACGCCCUGGAUGUGGGGGCCAUGACUCCGUUUUUCUGGUUGUUCGAGGAGCGAGAGAAGCUGUUUGAGUUUUAUGAGCGGGUGUCUGGAGCCAGGAUGCACGCUGCGUACAUCAGACCAGGAGGCGUUCAUCAGGAUUUGCCCCUCGGUCUCAUGGAUGACAUCUAUGAGUGGUGCAAGACCUUCUCAAUGCGAAUUGAUGAAGUUGAAGAGUUGUUGUCCAACAAUCGUAUUUGGAAACUACGCACAGAAGAUAUCGGGAUCAUCAGCGCUGAAGAUGCCCUCUUCUAUGGCUUCAGUGGUGUGUUGCUGCGAGGCUCAGGAAUCAAGUGGGACUUGAGGAAGUCUCAACCUUAUGACAAGUACGAUGAGGUGGAAUUUGAUAUUCCAAUUGGAAGCAAAGGAGACUGCUAUGACAGGUAUCUGUGCCGGGUGGAGGAGAUGAGGCAGUCUCUGAGAAUCAUGCACCAGGCCCUCAACAAGAUGCCAGAGGGGGAGAUCAAAGUGGAUGAUGCCAAAGUGGCCCCACCCAAACGAUCUGAGAUGAAGACCUCCAUGGAGUCUUUGAUUCAUCAUUUCAAACUUUACACAGAGGGCUACCAGGUGCCCCCAGGGGCCACAUACACUGCUAUAGAGGCACCUAAGGGGGAGUUCGGUGUUUAUUUAGUGUCCGACGGCUCCAGCAGACCUUAUCGCUGCAAAAUCAAAGCUCCUGGCUUCGCUCACCUGGCUGGUUUGGACAAAAUGUCUGAAGGACACAUGUUGGCUGAUGUGGUGGCCAUUAUUGGAACACAGGACAUCGUGUUUGGUGAAAUUGACCGUUAGCGUCACGUCGCUAAUGAAGUUGACUCUCUUCCUGUUCUUUCUUCACAGUAGGAGCAUAUUCUGCAGUUCAAUAUGCUUCUGAUUAUUCAUGUAAACACCCUAAAUGAACCUAAUAAAUAUUUUACCUCCAA